UAUUUUCCUGUAAAAGUGAGCAGGGAACUGGAUCUAUUUGUAACGCGGAGGGUUACUGGUGACGGUAAGGGUGCGAGGGGGUUCUGUGUUAUGCGGCGUAUGUCACAGCAGGGCUUUGCAUUUUCGGCGACCGGGUUCGACUCGUGUUUCAAUGGAGGCGACAAUGGCGACAGCUCCGCUCCCUACCGCGCCGAACAGCGCUCCGGGAAGCGAUGGCAUUCUCAUCGGCGACAAGGUUUAUUCCGAAGUCUUCCUGACUAUCGAUAACUCGCUCAUCCCGGAGGAAAAGCUCUCCCCGACGCCGUCGAUGCUGGACGGCCUGGAUUGGCACACCGAAACUGACCUCCGUAUUCUCGGCUGCGAGCUCAUACAAUCAGCCGGGAUACUCCUUCGUUUACCACAGGUGGCAAUGGCGACCGGGCAAGUGCUGUUUCAUCGGUUUUUUUACUCGAAGUCAUUUGUGAAACACAGUUUUGAGAUUGUCGCUAUGGCCUGUGUCAAUCUGGCCUCAAAGAUCGAAGAAGCCCCACGUCGCAUAAGGGACGUGAUCAACGUCUUUCAUUAUUUGAGGCAGAUUAGAGGAAAAAGGAGUGCAAGCCCAUUGAUACUUGAUCAGAACUACAUAAACACCAAAAACCAGGUGAUCAAAGCUGAACGACGUGUGCUGAAGGAGCUGGGAUUCUGCGUCCAUGUCAAGCAUCCACACAAGAUCAUCGUCAUGUACCUGCAAGUUCUCGAGUGCGAGAAGAACCAAACGCUGGUCCAGACUGCAUGGAACUACAUGAACGACAGCCUGCGAACUAACGUGUUUGUGCGGUUCCAAGUCGAGACCAUCGCCUGCGCCUGCAUUUAUCUCGCAGCUCGAGCGCUGCAGAUUCCUCUGCCGACUCAGCCGCACUGGUAUCUCCUGUUUGGUGCCACAGAUGAGGAUAUCAAGGACAUCUGUAUCACUACCCUGAAGCUGUACACAAGAAAGAAGCCAAACUACGACUUCCUGGAGAGGGAGGUGGAGAAGAGGAAGAUGGCUUUGCAGGAAGCGAAGCUGAAGGCCAAAGGGCUGAACCCGGACGGAACUCCGGCGCUGUCCACGCUGGGUGGCUUUUCUCCCGCGUCCAAACCGAGUUCUCCCAGUGUGAUGAUGACGGAUGAGAAAUCUCCCAACCCUCAGACGCUGAAAGCGGUGAAGAAGGAAGCCGAAGAUCGGGCACAAGGCUCCAAGAGUCCUCACAACGGUCUCAGGAAGGAGAGUAAACUGGGACGGAACAGUCGGAGCGGGAGCCAUUCUCGCUCGAGGACACGCUCGAGGUCCAGGUCGCGCUCUCCAAGACGACACUACAACAGCAGACGCAGCCGCUCGGGUACGUACAGCUCACGCUCACGCAGUCGAUCUCACAGCCGCAGCCCGUCUCCACGGCGACACUCCAACCACGCCGCCCCGUCUCCUCUCCUGCCGCAUCUCAAAGCCAAACAGCGCUCCGACGACCUGAAGCUCCACUCUCGCCACAGUCACAAGAGGAAGCGCUCGCGAUCCGGCAGCAAGCCGAGAGAGCGUGAGAGGGAGAGGGAACGCGAGAGGGAGCGCGAGCGCACCUCAUCCGACCUGACGUCUAAAAAACACCGGCACGAGCGCGGCGGCGGGAGCGGCGCCCACCAUAGAGACCACCGCGAACGGUCACGCUCAUACGAACGCUCGCACAAGAGCAAACACCACAGCAGCAGCCACUCGAGCCACAGCCGCCACCGCCGCUGACUCCGCCCAUCACCGUAUAUUCCCUCGUUUUACAUUUUAUUCUUUUUUUCUUUUCUCCUUUGUCUCGGCAAACCUUUUAGUUAAAAUGUAAAAAUGAAGGACCGCUCCAUAUUUACAGUGUAAAGACUUGAGAAAAAAAAUAACGUAUUGCAGAGAAUGCUUUGAUUUAUAAAAGCAGCCUUUUGUUGACCAUUGGAGGUGUGGACGUCGCUAAUUUAAUACGGAAUCGUUCAGGAAAGACAGAGACUUCAUAUUACGUAUAUUUACAGAGGACGUUUGCUCUACAGGUGGAAUAGACCAUAUUUUUUUACAGGGAGACGCAGACUUUCAUUCUCUUCAGUCGUGGUGAAUUUGUUACACUGGUUUUAGUCUGCACAUGUUCAUCUUGAAUUUUUACUUAAUAAAAAAAAGUGACUUAUUCUGA